GGAAGACCGCGCCAAAGCUCAGACAGCAGGCACUCUCCCGGAGACGAGGACACUACGGAGGACCUUUAUUCUAACGACACCGUCGACACAGCUGCUACCCACGUCAGUGUCUUCGCGUGUUCUGACAUCAAAGAGGACUAUUUGCCUCGGCGCUGCUUGAGUUGAGGCACAGGACCGAGUUUUCAUGACGUUUCAUUGGGAACGGCGUACGACUUAACGGUCGUGACACGACUCUUCAACGGGCGCGGUGCGGCGUAGUCGGCGCACUGCUCCACUGGAUAUUAUCAUUCGUUAGGAGCCAGGACGAGCCGCAGAAGCGUUGCAAUCUUCUCUCUUCACUCUACUGCAGCGAUUUACACCAUCCCACGGCUUCAUAGGGAUCCUGUACGCCGGCUUUCCCCGGUUUACUCGAAUAUGUUGCUGUCAAAGUUUGGCUCAUUUUCGCACAUUUGCAAUCCUUCAAGUAUGGACCACCUACCAGUGAAGAUACAGCUCCAGCCGGUUAAAGCGGAAAAGGAGCCGUUUGAAAAGGUUUACCAAGUGGGAUCCGUGCUGGGCAGCGGGGGAUUUGGGACAGUAUACGCCGGCAGCCGGAUCUCUGAUGGCGCACCGGUUGCUGUGAAACAUGUUGCAAAGGAGAGAGUCACGGAGUGGGGCACAAUUAAUGGAGCCAUGGUGCCUCUGGAAAUCCUGCUGCUCAAGAAGGUCAGCUCGUCUUUUCGCGGAGUUAUCAAAUUGCUGGACUAUUACGAGCGGGCGGACGGCUGGCUCAUCGUCAUGGAGAGGCCGGAGCUCGUCAAAGACCUAUUCGACUUCAUCACCGAGAAGGGCGCACUGGACGAGGACACGGCUCGGGACUUUUUCCGCCAGGUUUUAGAGGCGGUCAGACACUGCUACAGCUGCGGUGUGGUUCACAGAGACAUCAAGGAUGAGAACCUGCUCGUGGAUCUACGCACCGGGGAGCUCAAGCUUAUUGACUUUGGCUCAGGGGCGAUUCUCAAGGACACAGUCUACACCGAUUUUGACGGUACAAGGGUUUACAGCCCUCCAGAGUGGAUCCGCUUCCACAGGUACCACGGUCGCUCGGCGACAGUGUGGUCGCUAGGUGUGCUGCUGUACGACAUGGUGUGUGGAGACAUCCCCUUUGAGCAGGAUGAGGAGAUCCUCAGAGGGAGACUGUACUUCAGAAGGAGGGUCUCAGCUGAGUGCCAGCAGCUGAUCAAGUGGUGUCUGGCCCUUCGACCCUCAGACCGACCCACCCUAGAGCAGAUCUGCGACCAUCCCUGGAUGAGGGCGACGUCAACAGAGUCGCCCAAGUCACCAGAGGAGCCGGUCACAGGCGACAUUCGCCUCAGGACCAUCGACACAGACUCUUCAUCAAGCACAAACUCGAGCAAGGAGAGCCUCUGAGGGCUGCUGUAAUGGACUCUAAAAGACUUUGUGGGGAAGGUCAGGGUGGGAAUGUUGGGAGUGGUAUGGACUAUAUGCCAGCACCCUGUAAGCCCACAUGGCUUAUCGGUGGCUGGACACUUGACUCCACUGGUCCGGCAAGAAAAUGUACUUUAAUGUUCCUCUUUUUGUAGGGAAUUUCUAAUUUAUUACUAUUUGUUCUUCCCUAUCUUAUUUCCCCUGCCCUUUUUUUUUUAUUUGAUUAUUCUUGUUUCCUAAUGGGGAACAUUUUUGCUGUUGGGGCUGUCUUACCAGCACUACUUACACUACCCCCUAUUUUUAUUUUACUUGUUUUGUUACUAGGCUGGUAUAUGCAGCUGGCAAUGCCCUCCUAUUCAGAUAAGGAUGCUCUCAUAGAGCUAGGAGAAAGAACUUUUUAUUUAAAUGUUUUAAUUUUGAUUUUGGAGUGCCUUUUUUGGAAAGCUGCUUUUAUGGGGGCUUUCAUCAAACAACUUUUUUUCCCUUGGGCCUACUGGUUAACUUUCCUGUGCAUGGUGGAAGGAGGGGUUAAGGCUUUUCUUUUCUUGUUUUUGUCCCCCAUCACUGUAAACCAACAGCCCCCAGCCAAGAGGCUAAGAUCGCAAAAGAUAGGAGAGACGGAGGUGGGGGCUCUCCCUGACAAUGGAAUACUUGAAACACUUGACUCAACUCUGCGUCGCUCUCUUUAACGCUGCUCAUUCACUCUAUAGCCUGAACAGGUGUUUGGAAACUGGAUCCUGUCUUUUCUGAAUGUCUGCAAAAUGUCACCACACACACACCUCCCUCCCACCGUUUUCUCCCUCCCAUGCCUGUCGUGGGAUGUGUGGCCCUUGUGACUUUACUUUUUUGCCUCCCGCCAUCUCACUGCUUUACACUACAUGGCCCCGCCCCUGGCCUUUCUCAGGGUUUGGGGUGUGAAAUGCACAAUCAAUGCAAUAUUCAUGGACUCAAUUGUUUUUUGUUUUUUGUGUUUUUUUUAUUAUUAAACAAAUAUUGUACAGCAUGUAUUUUUUUGUGUACUUUUUUUUUUUCUCCCUUUUUGCAUUAAUUUAUUUGUAAACAUGUAGACAUUCCACACUCUGUGGCUAUUUAUUUAUUUAUUGUCUUUGCUUAAAUUCCCCCCUUAAAAAAUUUGCAUAUCCUACUUGGCCUUUGGUUUGCAUUCCUAUAACUUAUUUCUACAUUUCAACAUUUUUUUUUUUUUUUUAGAUGUGGAGGAUGCACUGAAGCAGUUGUCAAUGUAAAACAGAAUAAAACAAGUUUACUUAAAUAUGAAAAGAGCAUUUGAAUGUUAUUUAAGUACUAAAAGUCGGGAUGUGUAGAAUGGGUAAAUAUCAAGGGAAAUCUGCCUGAUUUCUGUACUGUCAAGAUUAAUUUGAGUUCUAUGGAAAGCUAAACAACAGUUGAUGCAGCUUUCAUAGUUAUCACAUAGCAUCAUAUGGAAGACCCUUCAGUGUAGCUGUGUGACUUGUGGCUGUGAAGUAUGGAUAUUGCUAUUUUUUGAUACAGAAAUUUCAAUUAAAGUCAAAUUUUUAUGUACAGAUA